UAAUUGGCAAUUACCACAAUACUUAUUUUCAUUUUUACUAAGGAUACCAAAACUUUGUUUAGUGAUUAUUUAUGAGUAAUAUGCAAAGUGCCUAUCAGUAUCUUCAGAGAAAGCUUCAGUACUUCUACAAAAUGUUAGAGGACCAAAGCAAACAAGUGCCGAACGAUGCACGGCAGCACAGAUACUGCAAAUACAUUACAAAAUUUGCAUCUCAUUUCGGCAAAGAGUGGUGUAUGGUGGUCGGGAGCACGGCAGAAAGAACCAGGCUGCGGUCAAACAUGAAUGUAGGCGACUUUGAUUACCUGAUCAUAUCAGGGGUUUCCAUACCCGUGGACGCCUUGGAACACAGAGAGGAUUUACCUUGUUUUGUCUACAUCAGAGGUGACAAAUUUCAACAUUUGUUUACUCACAAUCUGGUAGACGGGCAAUACUUCCACAGCCGUAUUCUAAAGGAAAUCGAUAGAGAGGCUUUUAAAGUAAUGCGGGGUCUAUUCCAAGUCUUUACAAUGCCACUUGAUUCAAAGAGGGAACAUAAUGAUCAUGUCGAAUUCAACCGUGAAGCUAAACCAGGCAUGUGUAAAGAAAACUACGUUGGUUUCCAGAUGGUUGGUGGAGCUACCGAAAAAAUAUAUAUGAGAAAACAGGACACAGACAUGAGGGCUACGAAAAAUUAUUUCCAAUCGGUAAUGGACUCAAGUGAUUUAUCUCCCAGUAUGAAAUCACUUCUUACCAACAUUCUUAGUAUACUUGCUGAAAUAAAACCAAACGAGGAGUAUAGUACUGCGCUGGUACAAACCUUUGGCGGGUUAAUAGAUGGAGUCACCUCUGAUUCUGCAGUCGCUAGUCCGACGUAUUUUCAUCCAAAUAGAAACAAACAAAGAACAGAGGAAAACGAUAGACAUUUCAUUGAAGAUUUACCCAGCAAAAAAGUAUUCCGGGUUAAAUUUAACUACAAAUCCAGCAAAGAUUUUAUUGCUGCAUUUCCUCUCGAGGGAAAACUCAAAUGUCUGGAAGAAUGGAGUCUUCGGAUACUGACCAGCGACAAAGUAUUGUGGCCAAGCUCGGAAGCUGUUGAAAAAAUCUGUCAGUCGGAGGUGUACGUUGUAGCCAAGCCGGCAAUUGUUAAACCUUCUACCGAUAUCGAUUUUUGUCUGGGCUUUAAUCAGGCGGAAAUUAUCCUAGCUUCUAACCUUAGUUCCGAUCAAAGACUAUGUGUCCUACUUCUUAAAGCCCUCCAGAAAGAUUACCUUAAACAUUAUUCUUCAGUACUUACCACUUUUCACUGGAAAACUGCCUUUUAUCACCAGUGUGGAAAAAUUGAUCCUGAUCUCUUUGAUCGCCGUUCUACAAUAUUGUUAGCCCUUGAAAGUAUAUUGUCCUAUAUGAUAGAGUGCUUAGACAGGAGAUAUCUCAAGCACUAUUUUAUAGAGAGCAAUUUAAUAGCUCAUUUAACUGAGACAGAAGCCAAUGAAAUCCGAGAGAAGAUACAAAAAAUCAUUGAAGAUCCAGAAGCAGCUCUCCAAGUAUAUUUCGAUAUGAAUAAAGAAUGCGAAAGCUCAAAACAAGAAGAAGAGAUUACUAUGAAAGAAAUGGAAGAAUUGAAGACACGCAGAAAUGAUCCGUCAAAUGAAAAACAAGCCGACAAAAUAAUCAGCAUGAUGUCAGAUUUACAGAUAGUAGCCACCAGCAACGAUUCUAAACUCACAAAAGCUAUUAUGGAUACGUUGUAUAUGGUAAUUGAGGAGGAAACAGAUAUUCCAUUUGUUAGACCAAAUACCCCACAGAAGCAGUGUAGCCUGAACGAUCUCUUAGCGCAGGCUACUAGUUAUUCCACAACAAACUUUUCCUCACGGAAUGAGAAGAAAAGGGCACUAGAAGACUUAAAGGCUAAGGCAUUUUACACAGUACUUUCUUCUAUUCGUUAUAAGUGAGCUUGAACUUGUUUAGUAUUUUCUGAGUUAUUUGAUAUACUGUAGCGUUAUAUAAAAUUGAUGUAUGAAUAGGAUUUAGUUUUGUGACGGAGGUAGUAGUAUGUAUUUAUUUGACUAGAUCUCUUUCAAAGUUUCAAUUAAUCAGUCGACUAAACUUUAUGUUUCUGAAUCUGUGAUGAAGCGCAGCAUUACAAAGAUUCAAUUUUCCUUUGCCUCGGAUUUCGUUAAGGGAUUGUAGGAAUUUUAAUUGUGAGUGUUUGGAUUUUUUUAGGUGAGUGUAGGGAUCUUGUUAAGUAUGUGUAUGGAUCCAGUUAAAUGAGUGUAAGGAUUUGCUUUGUGAGUGUAGGGAUCUUGUUAAGUUAACGAAGGGAUUUUGUUAAGUGAGUAUACUCCGAGUAGGGAUCUGUUAAAUGAGAGUAGGGAUUUUGCUAAGUGAAUAUUGGAAUCUUGUUAAAUGAGUGUAGUGAUAAUUUGUUAUAAAUACUUUACUAAUUAACUAGUUGAUAUUGUAAUGAAUUUGAAAAAGUAUACUGAUAUAAAAUUAUAUUCAAAUCAC